UUCCAGCAACAAAACAUACUUUUCGUUUGCGUCGAUCAUCGUUUUCACGACACAUGGGCAAGCAGGAGCCUUUAAUUGUCGUAGAAGAAUCGAAUGCUGUAGAAGAUGAUGAGCAAGAUAGCUCAAAUACACCUUCAAAUAAGGCUAGUUUAGAGAUCGAUUCGCCAUUAAACCCAUACCUACUAUCACCAUGGCGAGAUCCACGAGAAGGCCGAAAGCAUUCACUUCCUUCUCAACAAGUCACAGAAGGAAUAACUGCAAGUCAAGUGCGACGCUUGUCCGAGCGCGGCGGCGAAGGUUCCGGUCCGAGUCCAAAAGAAGCUGCGUUUUUAGCAACACUUUCACAAGCUCCAGCACCAUCUGGUCGUCGUCAUUCCGUUGUCACAAUAUCAAAGGUGCCAACAACAUUAUUUGGACGUUCCAGACGCGAAUCCGUAGCUGCUUAUCCAACAAACAAUCGUAUUUUAGGUUCACGACGUGAAAGCAACACAUCAACUGGUCCACCAGCUAUUGAUCCCAUCGGCAGCAUACAUAAUUUACAAUUAGAUAUUAUGGAUGAUAUUGUGCAAUCGCGAAAGGCACGUAUGAAAUUAUGGAAUACUAGCAAUGAAAAAGUUUGUGAAGUACAAACUUUAGAUGAAAGAGGCGGCAGCACACCACAACGUUACACCAAUCGUCGAUAUUCAGAAUGUGUUACAGCACAGACAUCACCAGCGCCAAAUUAUCGUAGAGCUUCAGAACAUCCAGCACUUAUAUCGCCAUGUGUUUUGCAACCCGGUGGCAUUAAUGUAGCAACCCAACGUAAGAAGAGCUCUGGUUUUUUGGGUACAACCAAUAUAUUUAGUUCGCUAACAUCGUCCGCCAUUGAAAUACACAAAUAUGAUGAAGCUACUACUCCGAGCACUCUAAGCGCAGGUAAGAUUAGAACAACAGGUGCAGCUGCUGCAGCACCAACUUCUAGCAGCUCCUCUAAUUUGCUAGAUCCAAAUGCAGGACGUUCAACACGCUCAAAUAGUUUUGAUGUUUCUAUACUUAAUAAUGCUAAACAGUUGGUUACUGAUGCGCAGGAUAAUAGUUCCGCGGCACUCUCUGGCUGGUUCGCAAAGCGACAUCAACCUAUGGCGCGUAAGAAAAGUGUGCGUAGUAAGAGUACUGCCAUGGCACUCUCAAAAGACAUGCUAGAACGUCUACAGACAAAAGACGUUUUACGUGAUUCUAAGCCAAAAUUAAAACCACGCAGCAAACAGAAAAGCUGGACAGAUACUACAAAGGGCACAAUUGUUGAUGCUACUGUUAUUGGUUCAGCUAUUGAGGGUUUUCUACGCAAAAGUUCCACUUCAAGUGCAUCAGCUGCUGUAAGUGCUGCUAAGACAGCAUCAGGUUUAAAAUCGGCUACCGCAAGUGGUAAGGGAGCAGUACCAAAAGAUUAUGGUUCCAAUCGACGUACCCGUACACAAAAUCAAGCAACAAAUGCAGUACGUUCCACUUUGAAUUGGUUCAGCAAAGGCGAUGAGGAUGAUUCAAAAGAUACAUGUGAUGCAUCAUUGUGCUCAACAUUAAAGGACUUGUUUGUUAAAUAAUUAACCGGCAGUCCUGUGAAAAAAUA